AUGUCAAAGUUAAUCGGGAAGAUAUCCAGAAUACCCAAAGUUUUAUACGAGCAUAAGAAGAAGACGAUCUUCUUCUCGUUCCUCGGAUACCUCGGAGCCGAUUGGGUAUACAGAUGGGAUCGGAAUCAAAGAAUCAGGAAGUAUUAUGCAGAAAUCGCUGUGAAAUACGGACAAAAAACCGUUUCUCCUGAUGAUAAACCAAAGCGAGUUUUCGUUCUAGUGAAUGUCGAAGGCAAUUCCAGAAGCUGCUUCGACGCUUUCAAUAAAAAUGCUUUACCUCUUUUCUUGUUGUCGGGAGUACAAGUAGACGUUGUGAAGGCAGAUAAUGAAGCACAACUAGAAGCAUUGGCUGGAGCAGUGGACCUGCAAGAAGCUGAUGUUUUAUACGUGGUUGGAGGCGAUGGAACAAUCGGAAAAGUUGUAACCGGAAUCUUUAGAAAUCGAGAAAAAGCUCAACUCCCAGUUGGCUUCUAUCCUGGUGGAUACGACAAUCUGUGGCUGAAAAGAAUGCUUCCAUCGGUUUUCGAAAAGUCGGAAGAUGUUCGCCACGCGUGUGAAACUGCUAUGGCGGUAAUUGAGGAUCAGAAGCAAUCGGUAUACGCCUUCGAGCUGACGAACGAAGAAUCACAAGUCGCUCCAGAAUAUGGACUCGGCGACGUGAGCGCCGGCUGGUUCAGACAGUGCGAAGAUACAAGGAAAAAGUUUUGGUACUUCUCGAUUGUCAAACGACGAUGGGCAUAUUUUUGGGAGAUGCUCAAACGAUCACCGAGUCCUAUCGAAUGCCACGUGGAAUAUGAAGAGACAUGUUCAGGAUGUGAGAAGUGUCGACCUAAACCAAUCAUUCAAGCACCAACGUGGAGAUGGUGGCAUGUGUUGACAGGGACACCGAAGUACAAGAACAAUGAUGCACAAAAAGAUUACACUGGAAUCAUCAACGAGAAGUGUGGGGAGAAACAUGAAAUCGAGGCGAAGGGAGUGGAAUUGUUGGUAGAGAAUGAGCAGAUGACGGAUUACUCUCAAUUGCGUUUCCGGAUGGGCGGCACGGAUUACGGACGGUUUGGUGUGAUAUCUGAUGGAUGGAAGAGGUGUUCGGAAGAUGUUGUUGGAAGAAGUACUGAUAAGGAUUUCUACAAGACCGAUUUUUUAGCCAACGCGGUUUCGUUCAAAAUUUCUUCACUGCCAUCCUACAUCCAUCGUCUCUAUAUCUCGAGUAACCCGACGCCAAAAGACGCAGAGCUCACUGAUAGAAAAAUCACAAUUCGUGGCACUCAAAAGAAGCUCGACAUUUUCCUCCCCACUGGAAUUCGUAUGGAGUUGUAA